AUGUCAACACCGGGAAGCGCACCGUCACAAUCCGAAGCGACCGGUCCAGUUGUCGAAGGAGACUCCUCUCUGACUGCCCACUCGGCGUUUGCGAACGAAUUUUUCCAAGAGGUUGUCAGCACCGACGAAUUGCAGGACUCGAGUUUAGAAAUGCGAGAGACCUUAGAUGCACUCCAUCACAUCGUCCAUAGCUUGAAGCACCAGACUGCCUCAAGCGAACUGUCAUAUCCAAAUUCACGGCCUUCGUCGAGAGUCGCCAUACCACCUUUUGAACUUCCACCAAUCCAAAAGUCGGUAGAGGUUAUACAAGCUGCGAAAGUGUACAGCUCCGGAUCGACCUAUAUUUUCGAAAACGUUGGUUUACCCGCAUUCUCAGAGCUUUGUCUUCGUGUUUACUUCUCACCGGAUUUCUCGGAAGCAGAUUUCAUCAUUACCAACGUUGGACUCUAUUAUUUGUUUCUUCACUACGCCUACCAAACCUCGGAAACUUCGAGAGAGGAAUAUCUGGGAUACGUGAACAUGUGCCGUGAUAACACCGAAACCGCACUCUCGAACCUCCCUCUUCAUCUGCCGGCAACGGCUGUUUCGAUGAAGAACGACCACCCCGAGGAGGCCAUGCGCAAACAAGCUUUAUUCUGGGGUGUCUACAUGGCAGACAAAGGCCUCUCGCUCCGGAUGGGUAGGGCGUCAGUCAUUCAAGAUUGGGACAUCACUAUCCCCUUCCCCAGACCAGAGGAUGCGCGAGGUCCCCUCUGGCAUUAUUUCGCCCUAUGGGUUGAAUGCGGACAAGUACAAGGUAAGAUCUACGAGUUACUAUACAGCCCAGAGUCCGUCACUCAGCCAAGCCAUGUGCGCCGAUCUCGCGUGGAGACUCUCGUGAAGGAGCUUGAUAAUGUCAUAGCGAAGUCAGCCGAAGCAAACUUGAAAUGGUUACAGAAGACGAGGGAGACACUCGGUGACCAGCUAAUGGAGUUCCUGUCGAUUUCGGAUGACGUUCUCUUCCUAUCUCUGCUUACCUUGAUCCAUCGCGCGACGCCUUGUGACGAGGGCUCUCCGACUACAUUUUCGCAAGAAUGUAUCAAAGCUGCGAGGGCAACUCUCUCGCGGCACCAAGAUUGCAUGAAUGUCUUAGAGGGAGCAAAUGCCGCUCUAUUUUCCAUGUAUGUACAUUGGACCCUUUUGUACUCACCGUUUAUUCCUUUCAUCGUUAUCUUCUGCCAUGUCAUCAAGACACAAGAUGGCGAGGAUCUCGCCCGUCUCCAUGCGUUCAACGCGUCAAUUCAAACUGCUCCUACAGUCUCUGAGGCCGCUGGAAAAGUGUACCGACUCUUCCAAGUCCUCUAUAGUGUAGCGCUCCGCUACGUCGAAUUCCGUACCACCACACCCCAACCGGAACAGAUGGAGGCUAGUGCUGAAAUGGAUGCGUAUCUUUCUGCCCUUGGAUUUCCCGCCACCGCGCCAGGAGAGCAGGAUCAGGAGGCGAAUUUUAUGAAUCCGACGUUUGGGCAAGGCGCAGUAAACGGCGAAAUGUUGGCCCCAGGUGUCGUCGAGGCUGCGCGGACCGGGAGCCCGAUGGCGUACUUGGGGAACGGCGCGGCACAGCUGGACGACUGGCUCUACAGCAAUUCCCAGAUGAUUGGGAUCCUUCAGGGGCCUGGGUUCAACUUUCCGCGCCAAAAUGAGAAUCAAUAG